CAAAUCUCCAAAAAACACACUAUUGGUUGGGUUUCUAUUGAAUAUCUCAUAAACCGUUGGAUGCUUCAGGCGGCCAAAUCAGGGCUCUACUCGAUGUAGCCAUAAUUAACUCUGGGCAAAAUUUCAUCAAAAUCGGUUGGAAAUCGACGGAGAUCUGAAAAAAUUAAGCUUUUCAGACCUGUAGUGAAUGCUUACUUAGAUGAUUUUUUUCGAUAUAGUAACUAUGGCCUCAUCUAAGAAAAAAGGAAAUAAAUUGAUAUUUUUUACCACCAAUGGAUUGACCAUGAAUCAUCGUAAUUAUUAUAAAUAUUAUUAAAUGUGUAGCCAUAUGUACAAUUACUGUAACUUUUGCUCAUGGUUCGAGAGAUCGCCCUGUUCAACGAAUACAAAUGUGAAUCGUGUACGUGCAUGAAAAAUAACCGUCCAGCUACUUUAAUAUUCUUUUUUAUUUUUGUAAUAUGCUGAGGAACGCAAAAUUUGCGUGCAUGUUAAACAAAAGGUUAAAGUAUUAUCACAACAGCGCACCACUCUUUGCUCAUGGCAAGACCUCGGGAGGAGACCAAUUUGGCAUCAUUUCCUCAGCCCACAAAUUGGACAAAACUAUUGACCAAACCAUCCCCGAAUUCCUAUUUUCUAAUUUACACAAAUGGGAAAACGCGACUGCAUUCGUAUGAAAUCUAUUUACAUUGCAUUGCAGAAAUCCUAUACUCCAUGAUAAUUAAUGAAUGCAUACCUUAGGAGUGCGCUCAUACUGGGAGAAAGGUGACCCACUUUGAGGUGUACAAGCACAGUCGAAGUUUUGCGGCAGCUUUACAGCAGCACGGCAUAAAACGCGACGACAUGAUUGCAAUCCUCCUCCCAAAUAUACCCGAAUACGCAGCAAUCCUCUUGGGAAUUUUACAAGUUGGUGCUACCGUGUCACCCUUUAACCCCAACUACAUUGCUCCCGAGAUUGCGACACAAUUGACGACAUGCCGGGCAAAGUUGAUCGUGACAAUCCCGCAGUUGCUCCCACUGGUGAAGGAAGCGCGGAGGAAGAACCCCUUUCUCAAGUCAGUGGUCGUCGUGGGAGAAGCCCAAGAGGGGUGUCACACCUACUCCGAAAUGAUCAAGGUGAGCUCCGAGGGGGUGCAGCUCAUCCAACGGAAGGACAUUGACACGCGGACGCAGACUGCGCUCCUCCCUUGGUCCUCGGGCACUACAGGUCCCCCGAAGGGAGUCAUGCUUACCCAUUUCAGCGUUUCCACGAACCUCUACCAGUUUACGCAACCUGGCUACUUGGGCACCCAGGAAGGAGGCAACGGCCAAGGACGACUUAUCGGUAUUCUUCCCUUCUUCCACAUUUAUGGAUUCGCCAUGCUUCUGGGUCUCACGUUGUAUCAGGGGCAUUGCACAAUGACCAUGGUCAAAUUCGAACCAAAUGUAUUUAUCGACACUCUCCGACGACACAAGCCGACAUAUCUCUUCCUCGUACCCCCACUCAUGACAUUUUUAGUGUCACAGCCUGAUGUCUCAGCCAAAGAAUUUGAAUCAGUGACUGGAAUUAUGGCUGCAGCAGCGCCGGUGGGGCCAGUCGUUACGACUCGUCUUCUAGAAAAAAUUGAGAAGCGCAUCAUAUUUCAAGAAGGGUAUGGCAUGACGGAGCUAGCUCCAGUGUCACAUUUGACUCCUGUUACUCCAAUUAAUGGCAAGAUUGGAUCGACAGGAAUUGUAAUUCCUGGCACGCAUUGUAAGAUUGUCAGUAUUGAAACAGGCGAACCAAUGGGACCAGGCGAAAGGGGGGAAAUAUGCGUCAAGGGCCCACAAGUGAUGAAGGGAUACUUUGAAAACGAGAAGGCAACAAAGGAAACUAUAGACUCGGACGGGUGGCUGCACACGGGGGACAUCGGCUUGUACGACGAGGACAAGUACUUUUUCAUCGUCGACCGACUGAAGGAGCUGAUCAAAGUUAGUGGAUAUCAAGUGGCCCCCAGUGAGUUGGAAGAUUUGCUGAGGAAACAUCCUGCCGUGGCCGACGUAGCUGUGAUUGGUGUUCCUGAUGAGAGAGCUGGAGAAUUUCCGCGUGCUUACAUUGUACUGAAGCCCUCUUCGAAUCCAUCUGCAGAGGAAAUCCAUAAGUUUAUCGAGGACAAAGUUUCCUGUCACAAGAAGUUGAAGGGGGGUGUCGAGUUUAUCAAGGCCAUUCCUAAGUCUGCCACCGGGAAGAUUUUGAGACGUGAACUUAAGAAGGACUACAUGGCCAAACAUUAAUAGCUAUUAAAAUAUCCAAAUUUCUCAGUCUGAUGACAACAUGUGACUGAUUACUGACUCUCAAAUACAAAAACCUUGAUAAUUCCAAUUA